AUGGAAAACUCCAGAUCUAGAUCCGUCUUCCUCGACAUCGGACGUAGAGAGCUCAACGGAUUUCGAGUAAGGAAGCGACCGUACUUCGCAGAUUCCGAGCUGAUUUGCAGAGAAAUCGCCGGCUUUUCUGUGGACCACGAGGGGAUUCGUACUCCGCCGUUGGCCGUUUCCUUUUGUAAGGCUAGCAGGAACUCCCAUUGGUUCGCUGUGUCAGAUGAAGAUGGCUAUGUGGGAUUGUUCAAUUCGAGUAAGAAGUUUGCCUCCUCUGCAUCUCACGACGAGAAUACAGAGAGAGCCAGAUCUCGUGGCUGGGAUGCUCAUCACAAUGCGGUCUUUGACCUGUCUUGGAUCAAGGAUGAUAGUUGUCUUCUGACUGCUUCUGGUGAUCAAACUAUUAAAAUAUGGGAUGUUGAGGAGAAUAAGUGUACUGGAGUUCUUAUAGGACACACAGGAACAGUGAAAUCAAUGUGUUCACAUCCAACAAAUUCUGAUCUUCUUGUCUCUGGUUCAAGAGAUGGAUGUUUUGCGCUGUGGGAUUUAAGAUGUAAAAGUAUCUCUCACAAAGGGGGAUAUAGUAUCAACUCUACUGGUAUGGUAAAAGGAGCUCAUCUAUCUCCUCUUUCAAAACGAAUCAGACGUCGCAAGGCUGCUGCAUCAAGCAUCACCUCUGUGCUUUAUCUCAAAGACGAGAUCACAAUUGCCACUGCUGGAGCACCAGAUAGCGCCUUAAAAUUUUGGGACGCAAGAAAGCUGAAAGCUCCUAUUGCUGAAGCAUCUCCACAGUCAGACCCAACAAACACUAACGAAAAGAGAGCACAUGGUAUAGUAUCCUUGUCCCAGGACUCAAGUGGAACUUUACUCACAGCUUCAUGCAAGGACAAUAGAAUCUAUCUAUACAACAUAGUGCAGCUUGACAAAGGACCUGUACAAUCUUUCUCCGGUUGCCGAAUAGGUUCUUUUUUCGUCAGGACAAUGAUUAGUCCUGAUGGUGAAAACAUUUUGAGCGGUUCAAGCGAUGGUAACGCUUACAUAUGGCAGGUCAACAAGCCUCAAGUAGAUCCUACAAUCUUGAAAGGCCAUGACUUUGAAGUUAGCGCAGUAGAUUGGUGUCCAUCAGAGAAUGGGAUGGUAGCAACAGCUUCAGAUGAUUUCACGGUUCGACUAUGGAAUAUAGAGAACAGCCGCUCCUCAAACGCAAACGCUACAGCAUCUGCGUCUAGAGUCAAACGCAGAGUAACAGCAUUAUCAAAUACUGAAGUCAAAGAAAGACUUGAGAUGAACAACGAACCUGAGAGUCCCCAAAAGCAUUCAUCAGAUGACCAAUCAAUGCCUAUCAUCGGAACUCCAGAGAGUCAGAAGAAGAAAACAUCAUUAUCAUCAUCAUCGUUAUCAUCAUUAUCAUCAUUAGAAGAAGAUAAAGUAUGCGAGAGAACACCAGAAACCGCCGUCAACAGUCCAUCCUCUGUCUUAAACCCUCCUUCCUCUGUCAAAAGGCGAACCAUUAGAGAUUACUUUCUUGUCUCUCCCUAA